AUGAAGAUAAAGAUAAUAAGCAAAACACAUGCGAAACCAAACAAGCCGAUACUAGGGAAGAAACAAUACCAACUCACCACAUUUGAUCUUCCUUACCUUGCUUUCUAUUACAACCAGAAGUUUCUUCUCUACAAGUUCAAGAACCUUCUAGAUCUCGAGGAACCCACGUUCCAAAACGACGUCGUUGAGAAGCUCAAGGAUGGUUUGGGUUUGGUUCUUGAAGAUUUCUAUCAGCUCGCCGGUAAGCUAGCCAAAGACGACGAAGGAGUCUUCCGUGUUGAGUACGACUCCGACGACGGAGAGAUCAACGGCGUCGAGUUCUCCGCCGCCGAUGCAGCUGACGUCAGCGUCGAUGAUCUGACGGCUGAUGACGGGACAGCUAAGUUCAAGGAUUUGGUUCCGUACAAUGGGAUCUUGAACUUGGAAGGACUUAAGAGGCCUCUACUUGCUGUCCAGGUGACAAAGCUUAAAGAUGGGCUUGCAAUGGGCCUAGCUUUUAACCAUGCAGUCCUGGACGGAACUGCUACAUGGCACUUCAUGAGUUCAUGGGCCGAGAUCUGCCGUGGAGCCCAAUCAAUCUCGGUCCAACCAUUCCUCGACCGAUCCAAGGCGCGUGACACGCGCGUGAAGCUUGACCUCACUUCCGUUAAGGACCCAAACGCCUCAUCCAACGGUGGCGAUGCCACGGCUGAACCACCACAUCUCGUGGAGAAGAUCUUCAAGUUUUCGGACUCCGCAAUCCACACGAUCAAGUCAAGAGCCAAUUCGGUCAUCCCAUUGGACGGCUCAAAACCUUUCUCCACUUUCCAGUCACUUACUUCACACAUUUGGCGCCAUGUCACUCUCGCGCGUGGGCUUAAACCCGAAGACAUCACUGUCUUUACCGUCUUCGCCGAUUGUCGCCGCCGCGUUGAUCCUCCAAUGCCGGAAGAGUAUUUCGGAAACUGUAUUCAGGCGAUCUUUACGGGUACCGCAGCGGGGCUUCUGGCCGCGCACGGGCCGGAAUUCGGAGCUUCGGUGAUCCAAAAAGCGAUCGUUGCACACGACGCGCGUGCGAUCGACGCGCGUAACGAAGAGUGGGAAAAAUCGCCGAAGAUAUUUCAGUUCAAAGACGCUGGAGUGAACUGCGUGGCGGUUGGGAGUUCGCCGAGGUUUAAGGUCUACGAGGUGGAUUUCGGGUGGGGAAAACCCGAAACCGUUAGGAGCGGGUCGAACAAUCGGUUUAAUGGGAUGAUGUAUCUGUACCAAGGAAAAGCUGGAGGUAUAAGCAUCGAUGUGGAGAUCACUCUUGAAGCUUCUGUCAUGGAGAAGCUCGAGAAGAACAAAGAGUUUUUACUCGUCGAAGAUGGUAAGAAGAUCAGCAAUGGCAAUGGUAAGGUUAAUGGGUUUGUUUGA